GCGUUGCUUCCGUUAAUAUCCUGUGUAGUGGCAAGAAAGGGAGAAAGACCGGAGAUGCAAGAUGCCCAUGUGUGCAUAGACGACUUGUCUAUUUAUUUCCGAAACUUCGCGCUGAAUGAAGUGUACUCUGCAGUUUUUGAUGUGUCAUCAAUAACACCGAUUCUCACGCAGGUGUAGAUUGAGUUACUAUGCCGUUUUUGAUGGCCAUGGUGGAUGUAAAGCUUCCGUCUACGCUUCGAAGCGUCUUCACUUGUACGUAUGUUCGCGUCUGCCCAGAAGCGGGUUAGCGCCAAUUGAAAAAGAUAUUAAACGUGUGUUGUACGAUUCCUUCAAGAAGACGGAUGAGGAUUUUCUUCGGGAGGCGAGUAAUCAACGUCCACACUGGAGGGAUGGUAGCACCGCUUCAACCGUUCUCAUCGUGAACAACACGAUGUACAUCGCCAACCUUGGAGAUUCAAAAGUUGUUCUAGGUCGCAUGGUGAGAGAUCUACAUCCGGUAUCCUCUGAUAAUGGUGACUCAAACAAAUCAGAAGAAAGCCCCAGUGGGUCCUAUUCGCUUUCUGCCGUCUGUUUGACACGCGACCACAACCCGAUGGACUACGAGGAACGGCAGCGUAUUCAAGCUUCUGGAGCUUCAGUUCAGAAUGGUCGAGUAAACAAUAUUCUAGAGGUCAGUCGCUCGUUUGGUGAUUAUCAGUUCAAGAAACAAGGAGUUACCUGCAUUCCUGAUGUGAAGAAGUGCCAACUGACUCCAAACGAUCGAUUCCUACUCAUCGCGUGUGAUGGUCUGUGGAAGAGUUUCCCACCGGACGAGGCAGUCGCUCUCACUAAUCGUCUUCUGCUGAAGGAGUUUGAAGCUCUGAGUUCCAACGGCAGUCAGAGCGAUCUUUCGUCUAAUCCGCCUACCUGUGGACUCACACAGCGUCAUUUGGAGUCCGUAUGCUCCCAUCUCGUAAACGAAGCAGUACUUCGCAUGUCUGGGGACAAUGUGACCUGCAUUCUUCUCGUCUUCCCGGACGCCUUCAAAUCACCCAACUCCAUAUCCCCGGCUUCUCAGGUUGUCAAAGAUCCCCUUUUGGUCAAGAUGAAUUCCGAGGAUACGUCUAGUGAACCGCCCCCCAAGCAGUCCCGAAUAUGGUGAUCCUUUUUUUCUUCACGUUUUUGUCAUCUGUCUGUACUUCAAAUCUCAUUUUAGGUUUUUUUGGCCGUGAAACUGUGUUAUUGCUUACUGCACCUUCCGCAGUAAGAAUACCGAAUCCAGUAUAUCGACUGCUUGCUGACCUGGUGCUUUGAUGUUCGUUUCUACUGUGUAUAUAUACAUACAUUUGAAUAUAAUCCCCA